AUUCCUCGCUUUUCGCGCCGCAAAUACACUCGUAGAUUUCUCGAUCGUUGCCGCGAUUGCUUAUUUACUUUUGAAACGCGGUGACCGGCUCGCGAAUAAGCGAUACGAUCUUAAUAGGCGCAUAAAUUCGAAAGCAAGAGGGCAAUUCGCUUGCCAGUGCAUUGGCAAAGUUUUCGAGGGUAGAGCAAUCGACGCAGGCGAUAAAUUUGCGAAGAAAAAACUUUGUUUUUCUCGCGAGCGCAUCUCGAUACACAAAGUCGCGGAGCUUCGGGCUUUUCGCACGAAAAGUUUCGCCGUUGGCGGGAAAUUUCGAAAUAAUCAUCUUUACUUCAUAAUUCUGCUGAAGAUGACAGUAAUAAAAGUAGCCACGAAAGCUCCAAGACGGUGGCGCGUAUCUACAGUGACGUCCGUCUUCGAUAAGUUCGAAUUUAUCGUACAGCCUCUCAUAUACAUAUACAUAUAAUGAAUCUGUUAUGAUAAGACUUUAGUCGAAUCUGUACCACCGAAGCGGACGUUCUCUCGCGAGUGUAGAAGGGACCAGGUUAUUCAACAAUGGCGAGACUGAAAUCAAUUAUCGUCAUUUGCACCAUACUAUGCUGCCUCCACCAACCGAUCCACGCUUUUAAUGACACAAGAUCAUUUCACGCCUUAACUGAAACUGAAUAUGUGUUUGUGAGUUCGAAAGAUCGCGUCUUCGCCGUUAGUUUGGAAAAAAACAUCCUCUUGUUUAUUGCGGUCGAUGGUGGUAACGAAUCCAACAUGUGCUCUCUUUUGAGUUCGCCGAUAGAAAUGUCUUCGAAUAGAAAACAAUUGAAAACUUUGGGCAACGGUAAGAUCGUCAUAUCCGCCGAAACAGGGAAGGAAGAACAUUUGGGAGGAAAAGUGCACUCCUUCAUAAUUGUCGAUCCCCUUGAUUGUUCGAGCCUCGUGGAAUUUAAAGCGUUCGGUGGUGUAGUAGUACCCUACCAAGACAGCUUCGAUAUCAUCCACUGGAGCUAUAUGUUGAAACCGCAGCGCCGAAACGAUAGAGGCAAGUUGAUCAGGCUAGAAAAACGAUUUAACCAACGAAUUAACUCCGACCAAUACACCAACGUGCAGGCCAUCAAACUAUUCGAUGAUUCAGAGGGAUAUUAUUCUGAAAGCGAAAGAAAACUGAGAAAACUUGACCCGCAGCUAGAACAAGAACGACACUAUCCACUGAAUUAUGUUGAGGAAAAAGUAUCAAUUGACUACGGCAGAGCUACAGUGUGCCAUCGGACUAGUGAAAAAGGCCUCGUAUGCGAUUUACUUGAUAAAUAUUUGGACGUUAUAACCACUGUCGAGUUGAACGAGCUGCCCAAGGCACGCUUUCAUACGGUGAACAACCUACCAGAUGGUCGCGCCAUUGUCAUACGAUCAACCCACAUUCCUGACAUCGAAACAUUUCAUGGAACUAUCAUCAACGCAGAUGGAAGUAUUGCGAUGACCGAGGCUAUUCUGGGACAAACAAUACACGAGGCGAAAGUGCACGCAUUCGUACAUAGCAGUGGUGAAUUUUGUAUUGUGGUAUUUGGUAAAAAUUCGAACGAAGGACGUAUGUUUACAAGUGCUCCAAGUCGGACCGUUUUAAGUCAGUGCAUUGAUAUCGGCAAUUGACUUGUUUACAAAAGAUUGGCUCAAUACGUAUCAUAGAUCUAGGUGAACAGUUAAAUUCGAAUGGAAUCAAUUGCAAUGUGAUGAUUUGAUAUGUGAUAUCUAAACCAGUUUAUUGUAAUAUUUAUCACAAGAAUGAUAUAAUAAAAAAAGAAAUUUACUAACAACAUAUAUAUGUAUAAUUUAGGAUGGAAUAUACUAUGCCGCAUCAUUGGUUUUUCCCGCGAAAACACGUCUUUACUCGUCGAGACAAAUACACGCAGACGUUAUUAAAUUGCAGAAUUCCCAAUUUUAUAAGAGCGCUGUGUAAUACCUAUAUAUAAUGCUUCUCUUCUUUGGAAUGGUAGUAUCACUGCUGUGAGUUUCGUCACCAUCUCGCUUAGAUAUGAAAGUCUGGCAAUUAAUCUUCAGUAGUUUUUUUAAAAAUAGUCAAAAUUAUUUUCGAGUGGUAUUACAUUCAAAAACGGUUAAAUUCGAGAUGGAUUCAAUUAAAUUGAGUCAUCGAGCGAACCGCUGUAGUUUUAAUACAGUAACAUGCGUUGACAAAGCUACCAGCUCUCCAAGGGCGUGUCGUCAUUUGGUAACACAUCAUUAGUAUACACAUAGUGAUAUUCUUAUCCAUUACAGAAAUUCCGCUGCGGUGGGGCUUUCCGUCUAUAUUUAAGUAGGUCACUAUCUUACGAAGAUACGCAAAUCUCUGGUAGUUAGUCUUUAGAAGCAUUUGGACCAACGAAGAAGACGUUUCUUUCGUUUGUUAAUACGGAGCUUUUCUAUCGGGAGUUUUAAUACUUUUUAUGAUCUACAAUUUGUUUACGACUUUUUAAUGAAAUGUAACGUAUAUUUAAAUUUUGUUAAUAAAAAAAUUGGAAAAGUGAAAUGUACGGAUGAAAAUCUGAUCUGAGCGAGAUUCUGGUCCAUCCCUUCGUUUGUCGUGGAGAACAUCUUUAUUUAUAAAGAAUCUUAAUUGUCCAGAAAGGCAAUUAUCAUCAGUUCGAAAAUGGCGGAGACAAAAGGAACCUUCAUCAUUUGUAUCGUACUGUACUUAAACCUGCAAAUACAAGCUUAUACGGUGACAAAGGAGUAUGCAGGUAGAUAUACCAAUGAAGCUGGAAUUAUAACUCUAGUUGCGGAAUCGAAGGGUCGUCUAUUCAGCAUUGGUUUUGAGAAUGACACUAUCAUCAUGGUAGCGAUCGAUGGAGGCAAGGAUUCAUACAUUUGCUGGGUCCCAGCUAGGACAAUAGACAACUACUCGGCUAAUAAAAUUGCGAGCACUCUGGGCAAUGGUAAGAUCGUCAUGUCAGCUCACGUGGGAAAAGUCGAACACCUGCGAGGACCGGUUUGUUCAUACGUCGUCAUCGAUCCGCUCGAUUGUUCGGGCCUCGUGGAAUUCAAAUCGUUCUGUGGUAGAAUAGUGCCCUACUACGACAGUUUUGAAAUUGUCUUCUGGAAUUGGCGCCAGCGCAAUGACGAUUUAAAACCACAUCGCUACACGGAUAAGGGACGCUUGAUUAAACUGAAGAAUCCUAUUGUGCAGAAAAUAGGGUCGGAUACGUUUGACGUGACUACCAUCAGGCCCUUUGAUCCAUCAGGGGGUUAUUUUUACUGGGCUCGAGAAACUUUGGGCCACGAGGCAACCAUAGAAUAUCUUGACUCGGGAAUGGAAAUGAAUCAGUGGGUGAAUGUAGCUUACCAAAGUAGAGAGUCAACAUCUAUGGAUCACGGCAGAGUUACCCACUGCUACAGUAACUACGAAGUUUCUGACUAUCAACAUGUCUGCAAGUUUAUGAAUAUCUAUUUGCAAGACCAAAUGAAUGUCACUUUGCCCCAACUGAACAAAUCAAGGAUUCACACCGUGACAAACCUGCCGUUUGGUGACGUGGUCGUCGUACGAGAAAUCGAAGAUUCUAAAGAAAGUAAUUUCUACGUGAAUAUUAUCAGAGCCGAUGGAAGCGUUCUGGAUUCUGAGUUGAUAAUGACGCAUGAUACUUACGUUUUCGAGGGUAAAGGAUUCGUGCUUAGUGACAGCGGAGAGUUUUGUCUUGUGAGCAACGGUAAAGGCUCCAAGAGUCGUUCCCCGGAAGAAAGGAAGUUAAAUGAACUUGUGAUCCACACUAAAUGCAUUGACGUACUCCAGUACACGGACAGUGUUUUUAGGUCCUUGCUAAAGGUUUCUAGAGCGGAAGAAACUUCAAUGCUCCCUUGAGAAGUGCAUUCAAAAUAUUUUCUCGUAUGCCCGCAAAGAAGGCGCUACUUAUUUUUGUGUAACCAAUGAUACUUUCGUUGAGUAUCGUAAUUUGCUCAAUUAAUUUACAAGAUCUGCAUUAUAGGCAAAAUAAAUUCAAUUCGAAUGACUACUUUAA